UAUAAUUGUUUGACCAGUAUUAAAGACUAUCGAUUGGGCAUUUUUUUUUUUAUGUAUAUAAAUAUCUCUGAGAGUCUUUUAACUGAUGACUAAUAAUUAAACAAGACAUGAAUCGUUCAAUUAUGAGGAAUUCAUAAGUGACAGAUCGAACAUAAUUUUACUCUCAAGGGAGCUAAGUCAUAAUUUCUUAUCGUACAGUGUUAUCGUAGGGGAAAGAAAGUGCUCUUUCAAGCAUUGGCGUAGUGAUUAAAAUGCUUGCAAAUUAAGGUUCUUUCAAUUCUUUUACAGAAUUAAAAUGCAGGGCCUUAGGUUAUGUAUGCAGAGGCUGUCGUUAUCCUGCAGAGCGAUAACAGAACCCAGUGCUGUACUUUUUAAUGGUUGUCGAAUCACAGCCGUGGGAUCAUUUUUGAGUUUCCACACUUCUAAUCAAUUAGGACAUUAUGGCGGACAUGUACAUAAUCGGUGGAGUAAUCAUAAUAAAACUAUAUUUCCUGUCCAAGCACCCGGUGAAGAACGACGCCCUGCUUACGUAUGUCAUCAAAAGCUCAACAUUAAAUACAGUCCAAAAAAAAUGUGGUACAUAGCAUGUCUGGUACGAGGUAUGUCAGUGGACGAAGCGGUUAAGCAACUGAAUUUUGUUUUGAAAAAAGGCGGAACUGCCGUUAAGGAGACAAUUUUAGAAGCACAGCAAUUAGCGGUUGAACAACACAAUGUCGAGUUCAAAAGUAACUUAUGGGUUGCUGAAUCUUUUACGACCAAAGGCCAUGUAAUAAAAGGAGUACGCAGACAUGCUAAAAAAAGAAUAGGACAGGUUCGAUACAUGCAUUGCCACUAUUACGUUCGCCUAGAGGAAGGUAAACCUCCGAAAAAUUAUUACCACCCUAUACCACAGAGUCCAGAAGAACAGUUGCAAACUUGGCAUGAUAAUUUAAGAAAACGAAAGAUCGCUAAUAGUUUGUAGACCCGUAAGUUUAUACAUGGAUAUAUAUUAUUGAAUAAAAUUAUGUACCGUAAUUAA